UAUGAAUUUUAUAAUGAAUACAGUAAAAGAAUUGGAUUUGGUAUUCGUCGAGAAUAUGCAAAUAAAAGCAAAAAAGACGGGAUUUUGACUUCGAGAAGAUUCACAUGCUUUAAAGAGGGUAUUCGAUGUGUUGACAAACGAGGUCACCCAGUAGGGGAGCAUAGAGCAGAAACUAGAACAGGAUGUAAAGCACGUAUGGUUAUUUCACUUGAUCGGAAGAUUGGGAAAUAUAAAGUUGUUGACUUUGUAGCUCAACAUAACCACCCUCUUCAACCGCCAGAGUAUGUUCAUAUGAUUCGUUCUCAUCGACACAUAUCUGAGGUACAAGCAUCACAAAUCAUAUUGGCAGAUGAGUCUGGAUUGAGACCAAAAGAUUUUCAUGAAUAUAUGUCCAAGCAAGUCGGUGGAAUAGAGACUGUUGGUUUUACAAGACAAGACCUUAAGAAUUAUCUUCGAACCAAAAGGAAGCAAUCACUAAAGUAUGGUGACGUGGAUGCAUUAUUGAUGUAUUUCAAACAAGAAAGUGAAAAUCCCUCAUUCUUUUAUGAAUUUCAAAUGGAUGUUGAUGAACAAAUAACAAAUAUAUUUUGGGCAGAUGCACAAAUGAUAAAUGAUUAUGGGUACUUUGGAGAUGUCAUCACUUUUGACACUACAUACAAGAAAAAUAAGGAUUAUCGACCAUUGGGAGUUUUUGUUGGACUUAACAAUCACAGGCAAACAAUCAUUUUUGGGGUUGCAUUGCUAUAUGAUGAAACGAUUCCUUCUUUUCAGUGGCUAUUUGAAACGUUUCUCAAAGCAAUGGGUGGAGAAAAGCCAAAAACCAUUCUAACAGAUCAAGAUGCUGCAAUGGCUAAGGCUAUUUCUUUAGUUGUGCCAGAAACAUUUCAUGGAUUGUGCACUUGGCAUAUAAGACAAAAUGCUCUAAAGCAUGUAAAUCAUCUAUAUCAAAAGAGUUCACAAUUUUGCUUAGAGUUUGAAGCAUGCAUAGAUCUACACGAAGAAGAGGCUGAAUUUUUGAAUGCAUGGAAUUCUUUACUUGUUGAGCAUAAUGUUUCAAAAGAUUCGUGGCUACAUAUGAUUUUUCAAUUGAAGGAAAAAUGGGCAUGGGCUUAUGUUCGGAAAACAUUCAUUGCAGGUAUGAGAUCUACUCAAUUAAGUGAGAGCUUUAAUGCUGACUUGAAAAACCAUUUGAAAUCAGAUUUAAAUUUAGUACAAUUUUUUACACACUUUAAAAGGGUUGUAAAUGGAAAACGAAACAAUGAGUCAGAAGCUGAUUUUGAGUCAAGACAUAAACUACCUAGAUUGAAAAUGAAGAAGGCUCGUAUGCUUGUACAAGCCGGAAAUGUUUACACUCCAAAAAUUUUUGAGGAAUUUCAAGAGGAAUAUGAGGAAUAUCAGGACACUUGCAUAAAGGAUUUGAAAGAAGGUUUGUAUGUUGUUACAAAUUAUGAUAACACAAAAGAGAGGAUAGUAAUGGGAAAUCCUAUGGAUCAAAAAGUUGCUUGUGAUUGUCGUAAAUUUGAGACACAUGGCAUCUUAUGCAAUCAUGCUUUGAAAGUUUUAGAUGCCAUGAAUAUUAAGUUAAUUCCCCAACAUUAUAUAUUAAAGCGAUGGACAAGAGAUGCAAGGUUGGGAAGUAACCAAGAUUGGAAAGUGAAACAUGUUGAAUUGGACAUAAAAGCCCAUUUCAUGAAGCGAUACAAUGAAUUAUGUCCUCGAAUGAUUAAAUUGACCAACAGAGCUUCAGAAUCUCAUGAAAGUUACGUAUUUUUGUCCAAAGUUUAUGAAGAGUCCAAUAAAAUAAUUGAUGAUAUGUUGGCAAAAAUUUAUGUGAAUGAGGAAUCAAGUAGAAUGAUUCAUGUAUCUAUAUCAAUUGCAAAUGAUGAAAUUGACAACAACUUGGACACUCUUGGUUGUGCAAAAGGCAUAAAGAAGCGAGAUUGUUCACAUCAGAAUAAAAAACGACCUAAGUCUUGGGUUGAGAAAUUAGCUAGGAAGAGAAAUAGAUACUCACAAAAAAAAAAGAAUCGCAAGAAAAUUUAGUGCAAUUGUUACCGCAACCAUUAGAUAGGAACCAAUUUUUAAGUGAAGUUGACACUAGAAUUCAACAUCAAGCUACAACUCAAAUGACACAAUCAAGCCAAGUUGAUAAUGGAAUUCAACAUCAAGCUACAACUCAAAUGACACAAUCAAGACAAUCAAGCCAAGUUGACAAUGAAAUUCAACAUCAAACUACAACUCAAAUAACACAAUUAAGUCAAGUUGACGCAUUAAGACUUCACAAUUUCUUUUAAACAAUUUUUAUGAGACUUUUGUUAGGCCGCAUGUUCUAUACAUUAAUAUUUUGUUAGGAGGCAAUUUUAUGUUCAAUCACUUGGUGUUAGUUUGAACAAUCUGGUGUUAGUUCAAAGCACCAAUUUAUAUAAAUUAUUUACUUUCAUAUAUCA